CACCAAAAGUCGUUUCAUUUGUGCUGUUUGUGUUUAGUUUUACAAAUUUAUUAUUAUUCCUUUAAUUUUAUAAACUUUAUCCUUAACCAAUGAUUUAAAUUGUACCAAACUUAAUUGAAACAAAAGCUUAAAAUAUGGAGGAAUAUGUUCUCGAAAUACCUGUUUGUCGAGUGUGUCUGAAAGCAUCAGACGAAUGCAUAGAAAUAGACACGCUCAUGUUUCGCGAAGAUGACGAUGAACAACCAAAAUCAUAUUUUGAAUGCUUAAAAGCGUGCACUCAACUAGAUAUCCAAAUUGACGAUAGUCAACCCAAGCAUAUUUGUUCAACAUGCUGCAAUGAAUUAUCUGCUGCUUAUGAAUUUAUAACAAAAGCUAAAAUCUCUCAUGACUUACUUACUGGAGAAACAUACGAAGCAGCCAAGUAUGAAGAAGAUGUAUUAGAAGACAAUCAACCAAUUGAUUCAAAGACUGUUAUUGAAUCUAUUGAAAAUGAUGAAGAUGAUGAUGAAGAUGUUUUGUAUAUGAAUAUAAAGAAUGGGGAUGAUCUAGAAGAGAGAGAGGAGGAGGAAGAGAAGGAGGUGGAAAUAAAUUCUCAUAUGGAAAUAAACAAAGACAAUUUGCUAGAAGACGAAGAAGAAUGGGAAAGUAGCAUGAAGGAACAUGAUGUUCAGGCGUACGAUGAAGUUUCUAUUGAUGAUUUCAAUGAAGAGGAAAUCAUUGAAGACGAAGAAGAAGAGUAUGUGCCUAAAAAGAUAAUAUGCAAUUUGUGUCAGGCACAAUUUACCAAUUUAAUAGAUCUGAGAGAGCAUGGAGAUCAGGAACAUGAAAAAGUAUCGUUUGUCUGUGAAAUUUGCUGUUAUCGCUUUAGCUACAAAUAUACACUAAACGAACACAUAAAGCGCAAACAUGAUACUUCCUUUGUGAAAUGUAAGAUAUGUGAUGUCCUCAUAGAAAGCUGUUUACUCCGAGCCCACAAAAGAAAAGAACACAAAUCAACCACAUUUCUAUGCAGUGCCUGUCCUCGUACCUUCAAAUCAUCAACUGGCCUUCAAAUACACAGUGAAACCCACAAAACGGAUCGCCAGCGAAAUAUCGAAUGCGAAGUAUGCCACAAAAAAUUUCUCACAGAAAGAACAUUCAAGGUACACGAACGUACACACUGGGAUCGAGAUCGCUUUAAAUGCGAAUUGUGCGACAAGGAAUUUUUGCAAAAGAUUAAUCUUAAGCUUCAUAUGCAAAUGCAUCGAGGUGAAACUAUGGAUUGUUUGUAUUGUGAAAAGAAAUUCGUUCGUAAAAACGAUUUAACUGUUCAUAUGCGAUUCCAUACGGGCAAUUUCCCAUAUGAGUGUACACAGUGUGACAAACGUUUUGCGAUUGUUAGCCAUUUAAAUUAUCAUAUGAAACGACAUCAAGGUUUUGUAUACAAAUGUGAAGUGUGUCACAAGGAAUUCAUUAAUAAAUCAGGAUUGAGAAAUCAUUCGUUUCAGCAUACAAUUAUGCCGUUUAAUUGUUUACUUUGUGAAAAAGGAUUUCCAACUAAAUUUAAGAUUAAAAGACACUUAAAAACUGUACAUCACAUCGAGGAACAUGAAGAUUUUGAACGAUUAAUAACAACAGAAAAAGUUAAACAUGAAACUAUAAUCGAUGAGACUAUUGAAGAAGAAAUAUUAGAGCAGGUUGUUGAUGACAAUUCAGGAGAAGAUUAUAUAAUAAGUUAAUUUAUAAAUAGAAUAAAAUAUUUUUAGUUUUACCAAA